AGCAGGAAUUAAAAAUAAAUGUUGACAGAUGGCGGCGGCUCCAAGUGUCAGUUGCUCCUCAGCCGCCGCGCCGGACGGACGUGCCCUCGGUCCUCUACACUUUGUAUAGAAUUACAAUUGUAUCGACAAGUUGUAGUGGUCACCUUUUAAGUGCUCUUAGUGCCUUUGGAUUAUUUGGUGGUUUUUUUAUUGAAUGAAUAAACAGCCAGUGAAGCCAUAGAGCAGUGGAAGCGGAACACAAGGCAACGUGGCGUCCCCAGUAGCAACCAUCACCACACCACACACCAACUACAAAAUAGUGAGACGGAGAAAGAAAAAAUCCCUUUAAAAAACACACUCACUGACAUAGUCCGUAAGACUCUAAACUGCUUGUGAUAUAAUUUAUAUACGAUUGCAUUUGUUUUCUAAUUAAGAACAACACUGUCAGCUUAGAAAAAAGUUUGACACUAAAAAGUUUGGACUCAGAAUACUGACUCCAAGGAGGAUUUUGACUUGUAAAGAAAGAGUGAGAAGGAAAGCCAUAACAAUGAGAGACAGCAUGAAGCCCUGCCACCACACCGUGUCGGAAGACGUGGUUUAUAAAGAAGUUGUUGUCAUUGGCAACGGCCCCAGCGGCAUGGUGACGUCGUUCAUGCUGGCCGGCAACGAGCCCUACCUGAAGACUCCCAUCCCCGACGACCUGCCCAUUGACGAGAUGCUGAGAGCCAGGCUAUCGCACGUGCCGGCGGGACAGAGUCUCUACGAGGAGGAUCUGCUAGCUCUCGCCGAGGGGCUCGAGGGGCGGAGCCAGAACCCACUGCCGCUGCUGAUGGACACGCUGCUGCGUCCGUGCGCCGACAUGGGACUCCCGGCUGAUCCGCUGAUUGAGUGGAGGUUCGACGUGGAGAAGAAGAUAGAGCACAUAGUGCUAGGCCGCGGCCCCCCCGGCGGCGCGUGGCACACGUUCCCCCCCUCGGUGCUCACCCUGUCCCCCGGCGCGUGGCUCAGCCUGCCCCCGCUGGGGCCGCCGGCCGAGGAGCGCCUGCCUGCCAGAGCUGUGGCCCAGUAUUGUGUGGACUACGUGAAUGAGUGCCAUUUGCAGAGGUACUUCCGCAGCGGCGUACUGGUGACGUCAGUGGAGGCGGCGGCGCGCGCGCCCGGCCCGCCCUGCGUCAGCGCCGCCUGCCCGCUCAACGCCAACUGGACCGUGUCCGGCUACGACAAAUCCUCCGGCCGUCCGUUCCGCUACUCCUGCUCCCGCGUGGUAGUGGCUUGCGGGGGCUCGGACCGCGCCAACUCGCUCCCGCGGGCGCCGCCCCGGGCGCUGCACCAGCUAAGUGAUGUGCAGAGAGGGGUGGCCGCGUUGAAGUGUAAUAUGGAUGAUACACAUAGCUUAUCAUUAGUCGGUUCAUUCCGCUACUUGUGCUCCCGCGUAGUAGUGGCCUGCGGGGGCUCGGACCGCGCCAACUCGCUCCCGCGGGCGCCGCCCCGGGCUCUGCACCAGCUCAGUGAUGUGCAGAGAGGGGUGGCCGCGUUGAAAUGCAAUAUGGAUGAAGACCCGUCCUUCCAGCCGACAGUGCUCGUGAUCGGCUCGGGCGUCUCCGCCGCGGACGCGGUCUGUCUGUCUCGCUCGCACGGCGCGGUCGUCGCGCUCGCACACCGCGACCCCGCGCCCGCGCUCGCCGCGCUCUCGCCAAGACUGUACCCGGACCACUCGGAGGUGUACAAAAUGAUGUGCGACGGGACCGCGGGCACAUACAAGAACUACAUUCCACUGCCGGAGCACGUGAUCCUGAAGGUGAAGCCAGCUGCCGAGAAGAGAGAGCUCACCCUCAAGCCAGAAGACGCCGACCUCACUGAAGCCUUGAAGCCAAAAACAGUCAGGCUGCUAAAUAUAGUUACCAACGAAAUUGUCGUCUUAACUGUACAUCUAAUAGCGGUACUCAUAGGCUCGAAGCCAGACUUGUUCUUCCUGCAACCGAACUUUGACCUCGACUGUAUAAACAUAGACAGAGGAUGCCCAAAGUGCUCGGAGAAUAAGAAGCCUAAGAUGGAAGAGGACACGCAAACCCAAUGUUUUCUUAAAAACCAUUGGCAUUAUUUGAAGUCGGUGCUCGGGCAAAGCAUUCAGAGUUGUAAGUCGAGGUAUUUGAGUGGGGAAAUCAACGGGAAUGACACAAAAUGUAUAGUUGAGGAAUGCAGCCCCAACAACAAUGAAGAUGACUCCUGCACGUGCAAUAAACUAGUUAGUAAGCUCGACGCAAACGGUAGCGUUAAAACAGUCAUAGACAAAGAGUGUAAAUGCCAAAUCAUUCCGUACCGCAAAACUCCCAAAUCAAAAUGCCAGUGCCAAGAUGACAAUCCUUAUUCCGGGGGUAUAGGCUUCGGAGUCGACCCGAAAAAGCCGGUCGACUGCCGAAGCAACCCUAUAGCUGUAGACAGAGGCACCCACGAAAUGCUUAACGCGCCUAAAGGUAUGUACGCAUUAGGGCCUUUGACAGGCGAUAACUUCAUUCGUUUUAUACCAGGGGGCGCGUUGGCUAUCGUGGCGGAUAUUCAAAAGGCGCGAAAGCUGUCACCAGAAUGACUUUGCAAGGAUGUUAGGGCGACGGCGAGUGUCCCAGAUGAUUGUGAUAUUGUCAGCUUGAUGGUCUGUGUCGCCGUUUGUCGCGCCAAGCCCAGUGGAUCACCCAGAGGUAACAAGAGACUGAAAUGUAAACUUACACACCAGUUUUAGAUGCAUUUAAUUCUGUGACUAGUAAUGAGUAGUAUAAUUAUUGUAUUGGGAAAUUAGAAAACAUUUUGUUAAUAUAAUGUCUGAAAAAAGCGAUAGGGAAGCAACUUUCUGCCAUUUUAAGCAUGAUUUUGAUACAUGAAAACAAAAUGGCGACGGCGAACGGUGCACGCAGACUAUUUUACGUGACCUCUCAGAAACACUUAUU